AUGCCCUUCCGCUGCCUUGAUCUCACCCCCCGGCCCCCGUCCCCAGCACCCGCAACAGCCGGUGUUUACGCGAAGGGUAGCAAGCACACGCAGCAGCAGCGGCAGCACCAGGAGCAGCCGAUUAAGCAGCAGCAAAACACAUGCAGCAGCAGAGGAGCACGAUGCCCUUUUCGCCACACAGCAGCUCCAGUGGAUGCCGCAGUGAAUGCCGCGUGCAGAGUUGCACUGCACGGCGAGCAGCACCCGCAACAGGACGGGCGGCACGAGCAGCAGGAGACAGAGAGCAGAACUAGCACAUUCCAGAUGGACAUCGACACACAAGACGUGCAGUUUCUGUCGAUGGAGGGGCAGAUGUAG